AUGGAGAGCUUGCAGGCAGUGACCCUUAGCGAUGGGACAACAGCCUCCGAGCAGCAGGUUGCCAAAGUGCUAAUAGCAUUCUUUUUAACUGUGUCGGGUGAAAAGGUAAUUGAAGAGCAAGUCACUGAAACUGAAGACGAAAACACAGUGUACAUCCAUCCAGUGGUAGUUCAGAAAGAUUUUGUAGCUUUUGAAGAUGGUCAGCCAGUAGUUUGGGAAGACAGGGGUAUGGCCUACAUACCUAAAGAAGGUUUUGAUUCCAGCACUUCAGAGGCUGUCCAGCCAGAGGGUGGCUCCACCACCAACAGCCAUUCUGCCAUCGUGCUCCCUGACAGCCCCAUCGUGGAAGUGCAGGCAGAAACAGGGCAAGAGGAGAAAGAUGAUGCCUUUGAUGUCAGGACCAUUAAUGCAUUAAAGCAGUAUGCCAACAAACAUUUGCAGGAGCAGGAAGUGCACAGCAACAAGAAGAGGAUACGAGCUGCCCAUAAAGCACACCGCUGUGGGUACGCAGGCUGUGGUCGCAUCUACACCACUGCCCAACAUCUGAAGGUACAUGAACGUUCUCAUACAGGUGACCGGCCAUACGCAUGUCGCUUCAUUUGCAACAGGUAACAGUUUCUCUCGUCGUACGGGCAGAAGACCCACAUGAAAAUACAUGUUAGUGAGAAACCAUUCAAGUGCCCAGAAGACUCAUGUAGCAAAGCCUUCAGAGCUUCUGGCAAUCUACAGAAACACAUCUGGACGCACACAGGGGUGCAUCCCUCCAAGUGCCCGUCUGAGUCCUGCGGCCGCUCUUUCACCACCUCCCACAUCCUCAGGGCUCACAUCUGAACACACACAGGCGAGCGUCCCUACGCCUGUCCAGAGCCCAGGUGUGGAAGGAGCUUCACCAGCAUCACCAAUUACAAGAACCUAAGAACUCACACAGGGGAGAAGCCCUACGCCUGCCCUGUGCCGGGCUGUGGGAAGUGCUUCACAGAGUACUCCAGCCUCUACAAGCCCCAGGUGGUGCACACACGCAGCAGGCCCUACUCCUGCAACAUCUGUGGGAAGGCCUACAGCCAGAGAUCUACACUGGAGAGCGAAGAAGUCCAGCAGCAGCUGGAGGUUGCUGCUGAAGGAGGCUCCCCCAUGAAGAGGCAGCAUGUUGCUUUCCCAUCAGAGAUGGAGAAAGACAAGGAUGAGGAGGAAUAUGAUGAUGGUAUGCCUACACAGGUCUCACUUAUCUCUCAGGAUGAGACAGAGCAGAUCAGCUUGUCACAGGAAGACCUGCAGGCCCUGGGCAGUGCAGUCAGCAUGGUGAUGCAAAACAGUGCCCUCACAGUGCCCGAGGAAGAGUUCGUGGGUGGUGACAUGCACACCAUGACUGUGAUCAACACUGAUGGCACCGAGACACAGCCGGUUACCAUAGUCACCUCUGGGCCAGUCAUGUCUGAAGAGUCAGCCAUUACAUCCCUCUGCCAUCGGCAGGUGGCAAUGUUGGCAGCCACCAAUGGUGCUCACAUUGCAGUGCAGCUUGAAGAGCAGCAGAGCCUGGAGAACAGCAUCAGUAUGAUGGCAGCAGCAAUCCAGCAUGAACCUGUAACACUGGACACAGCCAUGGCUGAGAAUGGCUGCUGAGACCCUGCAGAGCCUCCCAGGCAGGAAGAGCAGACAGCCAAGCCCGUUCCUCCAUGGGUGCAUCAGGAUCUGCAGGAUCUGGGCCAGCAGGCACAUGGAAGAUGUGCAGUAUAGGAGUGAGGGAAGGAGUCUGAGAGCAGCUGGCUUGUGAUGUGCAGCAAACAGGCAGUGAGAGCCAGUGCUGGCAGUGUUGGGCUGCCAGGGUGGCCAUGCCAGAAGGGCUCUUCCCUCCAUGAGCAGUGUCUAUGACAGCUGCUACCUUCUG